AUGAAUAAGGAGACGUUGAUAGCUAAUGCAAUAUCGUCGAAGAUUCACAAAUUCAAUAUUUCGUGGAUAGUUUAUACAUGCUACAUAGAAGAUCUGUUCUUUCGAGGCGUCCUGAAUCAAAGACUAUUAUUGCGAAACUUUGUUGAGACUUUCAGGAAGUUCAGUGCUGAAUACGACUCUGAAUACAAAAGUGGACAACUGUCGCCAUUUGUCGUUAAUAUCGUUCAAAAUUUGAUGUUCAGAAUCAAUAAGACUAGUAAAGUCAUACAAUUAGAAAGUCUUACCAACUAUUCUGGUAGGGAGCCAGUUGCCGCAGGCGUAUCCACAUCUAAUCCUCUCAAUGAAACUCAAUAUACAACUCGAAACAUAAAAUUCGAGGCGUGUCAUCAGUAUUUUACAGAUAACAUUGCUUAUCCGUAUCCUUCGGACAAAUCAGAAAGAGAAUAUCUUGCAGCUAAAGAUGGUGCUAGCUUGAAACAAGUAGACCAAUGGUUCACAAAUCAUCGCAAGCGUUCUGGAUGGAACCAUAUUUGCAACAUCGCCGAGAGCAAAGAGACGGCAUCAAAGCUCGUCAAGUUAGUUUUAUCAGGCCCCGACCAAACUAUGUUGCCAAAUUCUGUGACAUCGAUUGUUGCUACAUAUAUCCAACGUGGGACGAAUAACCCAAGGAAUAUACCAAGCGAAGGACUUAAGAACGCAAUUGAUCAAUUAAGUAAUCGCUACCCAUUUUUGUCAAAGAAGCGUAAAAGGGACGAAGGAAGUUCUAACUACUUGAGUACCUUCUUCCAAUAA